CGAUUCGUUCACCAUCAGCUCAUCUCUGGGCGGAACCCAAACAGACAGUUCCCUGUUUCUGGGGGGACUUUGAAAGCUCCAGCUGACAGGUGGACAUGGCAUCCACGAUCCAGAACCCCGACGUGAAGCAGAAAGACCCUGAUCGGGUGCUGGUUGUGGCGGUGACGUCUCGUGAGGUGUUUGAAACAGGAGCUGAUGAGGGGCAUUUAGCUUUGAAGGAGGACAUGUCAACCCAGCUGCUACAGCUGCUGCACGAAAUGAAUAAACGCAUGGAGCAGGAGAAUCUUGAAGAGACGCCACAGUUUGAUGUCAUCCUGAUAACCACGGACAGCGAGCAGCAGCAGCAGAGCUCCAGCAUCAUCAGCAGCACUAAGCAUCACGGUCUUGAAAUCAGCAGCUUCUGUUUUGCCAACGAGGAGACUUUCGUGGAGAGUUUGCAGAAGAAUAACGUUCAGCUCUUCCUGACGACAGACCGGAGCGAGGCUUCGGAGGCGAUGCAGGAAGGCGUUCUCUCUGCUCUCCUGGAUCAUCGCGUCGCCUCCACUCCAUCAGAUCAGCUCAGGAUAAUGUUCUGUGAGGACGCCGUCAUCCAGCCGGACACCGGCCUGAAGCCUGCGAGUCGACAGGCCCUUCAGAGCUUGGCGUCUCAGCUGGGUGCGAUGCGGCGGCGGUUCAGCCUGAGCGACAGCCCUCUCUGCUUCAUCCUGGUGACGACGCACGGCAGCAAGGAGAGCUGCGCCAAAUCCCUGCUGACCCUGCGCUCCAGCGGCAUCAGCGUGGACGAGGCGUACUGCCUGGCCGGAGCCCCGCGGGACCCCAUCAUGUCCCUGCUCCGCUCUCACUUCACCAUCAGGAUCAGCUUCAGCGACCCGGAGGAGUGAGGAUGACGUCCGGUGACCUCACCUUCCACCUGAACUCUCACAGAUACAGGCUUCAGGUGGUUUAAACGACACUAUGAUGACGCCACAUUCAUUUUUUUAUACUCCAGAGAAAUGUCAACGCUAAUCUUUCAAAAUAAAAUCAUCAAAACACCUGUA